UGUUCUUUCGUAUUGAAAAAUGAUAAGGAAGUGUAGGCUGUAGCAAAAAUUACGGAUCAAGCAAUAAAAAAUAAUGGAUCCCUUCUCUGAAUUGACUUAGUUUGCUUUUGCUGAUGCCAUUCAACAACUGCCCCGCUGCAGGAAAUCUCCGGUCAAAUAAGGACAACUGACAUCAUAUUACACGGCUUCAAGCAAAGCCAUCUGUGCACCAGAAAGCACCCAACCACAGUUGAGUUCUUCUAUAUAUACUCAACACAUUAACUGCCCAGCAAACAAACUCCAAAGUCCAAACCAAUUAAAGAGCGGAAAUAACCAGGGGCGACCUGAGAUCGGUGAACACUACACAAACAAACUAUGGCUAGGAUCAGUAUGGCAGAAGCUGUUAUAGCUCUAGUUUUAUCGGCAGCGAUGCUGCAGGUCACAUAUGCCGAUGAUUACACUGUUGGUGACACAAGUGGCUGGACGAGCUCUGGUGUUGAUUAUACCACCUGGGCUGCUAAUAAAGUCUUCGAAAUUGGUGACAAUCUAGUCUUCAACUUCGCUACAGGAGCGCAUGACGUGGCCAUAGUCACAAAGGCUGCUUAUGACAGCUGCAACACCGCAAAUCCCUCCCAACUUUUAACAACUGGACCAGUGACUUUGACCCUCAAUACCACUGGUGAACACUACUACAUAUGUACCAUUUCUGGACACUGCUCCGCUGGCCAAAAGCUUGCCAUUAACGUUGUUGCUGACUCUGAUAAUAACACAUCCCCUGGUCCUUCUGGCACCACCACUCCUUCUGGCACCACAACUCCUCCCAGCGCCGCCUCAUCAUCACGUGGCCUUACUUUUGCUUUCUUAAUGUCUAUUGUCAUCGGCUUAUUCUGCUAGUUCCUCAACUUGAUAGUAUUGCUUGAAUCUAUAUAGAAUUUGGGUUUUUAGUUUUAUAUAUAUGCUCCGGAUUUAUACUAGUCAUUGUAUCAUGAUAUUGGUUUUGUAUAUUUGAAUAAGGCUGUUUGCAUCGGCGGUUUUACUUUGAUUAUGGCAGUUUUUUUCUAGUUGAUUCA